CACGUGCCUCGGGGAAGGGAGCCUCCUUCCCCUCCUCCUUCCUUCCUUCCUUCCUUUCCCCUUUUCCUCCUCUUCCUCUUCUCCUUCUCUCUUCCUGCAGCUGCUGCUGCUGCCUUGCCGCCUCCCUCCCGCUGUUUUUGCCGCAGAAAGGGAGGAUAGCGGAGGGAGAGGAGGCGAGGGCGGCUGCAGAGGCGGCGGCGGCGGCGGCGGAGCCUCUUGGCAGGACUUGGGGGCGCCGUUGCCCCUGCAAUGGAGGUCCCCUCCUCUUCCUCCUCCUCCUCCUCCUCCUCCGGGGAGCAGCAGCAGCAGCAGCAGCGCUACGCGGAGCUCUUCUGCCUUUGCGGCGGAGGCGGCAGCGGGAACGCCGCGGGCUCCGAGGCAGGCGCCUCUGGCAGCAAGGUGGCCGAGYUGUUCCGGGCGUCGCAGCUCCCUCCCGAGGCCCUCCUCCAGAUUACAGAACUUUGUGGUGCUAAACGUGUCGGUUAUUUUGGUCGAACUCAGUUUUAUAUUGCUUUGAAGUUAAUCGCUGCUGCACAAUCUGGUCUACCAAUACGAAUAGAAAGCAUUCAGAAUGAAUUGCCUUUGCCUCGAUUUAUGGCACUGAAAACGGAUAGUGAAACAAGGUACAGUCAUCCGACAGAAGCCCCAGGAACUAAAUUUCAGAUUCCUCAUGCAACACUUGAAAAAAACUGCUUCAGAAGGUUGGACGAAGGAGAGAAGCAGCAAGAAACCCAGUCUCCCCCUAUGUCUCCUAUUGGCUCACCCCCUGCUUCUCCAUCCAGCUACCAACGGAUGCCCCUGAGUUAUGGCUAUGGUAUAUUGAGAAGUGGCAUGGAGCAGCAGCAAGGAGGUUCCUACGAAGCUAGAGUUCUUAGUCAGCAACAAGAUGGACUAACAUCAGGAAACUAUGGCUCCAAAUCCCUACCAACACAUUCCAGUCUUGUUCGGUCUCUUUCAGUCGAGAGGGAACCACAGGACAGCAGUAGUAAUUACUCGGAUGACCCCUGGAGGAUCACAGAGGAACAACGGGAAUAUUACAUCAACCAGUUCAAGUCCCUACAACCUGAUCUGAAUUCUUUCAUUUCAGCAGGUUCUAUAGCUAAGAACUUCUUCACAAAAUCCAAGCUUCCUAUCCCUGAGCUUUCACAUAUAUGGGAACUUAGUGACGUAGAUCGUGAUGGAGCACUGACGUUAGCAGAGUUCUGCGCUGCCUUCCACCUCGUUGUUGCACGGAAGAAUGGUUAUCUUUUGCCAGACACCUUGCCAGAGACACUGCUCCCUGACUAUCUUCAAGCAGGUUCUUUCAAAUCUAAAAGUGAUCGGGUGGUGACUUCUUAUUCAGAAUCUUUGUCAAUAAAUCAACAAACAAGGGACUUCGGCAGAACUGAGCUUGAAACUGUCUGCGAGGAUCCAAACAAUUCAGAACCAUUGAUCCAUUUUGAGGCAGCAUCUCUUGAGCCAGAAACACCACUUGAAGAGGUGCCUGAUAAAGUCCCCCUGACACAGGACACAAUUAAGGAUGACAAACAAGGUGUGAAAAGCAGCACAUCUGCCCAAGCAGUACCAAAGGAGUUUAAAGUUUCUCAACAUAUGGCCGUCAAGACAGUUGCUCAGGAAUCAAACACAAUGAAAGCAAGACCACGGUCCAGGUCUUACUCUAGCACAUCUAUUGAGGAUGCCGUGAAAAAAGGGGGAGAGCCGCCAACUCCCCCACCAAGGCCACAGAAAUCACAUUCCAGAGCAUCCUCCUUAGAUCUAAAUAAAAUCUUCCAGCAAAAUACCCAAGCACUUAGAGCAGGUUGGCUACCACCACCACCACCUGCUUUACCCCCAAGACCUUUUGCCUCACAGGUUUGUCACCCUAACACAAAUGCAGAAUCAAAUGCUCAGCCCAAAUCAAGCUACGUAGACUUCAGACUUCAAGAACAGAUGGAACAAGAAUCUGAGGCUGAAGUGCAUUUGCCAUUGAGUAGAGCUUCAUCACAAGCAGAAGAAAAUAGCACAAUAAAAAAGGAGGUUUUGCUCACACAGCCACCAUCAAAACCGAUCCGCAGAAAAUUUCGGCCUGAAGGCCAGAUGCUGGAGAAUCCGGAAGUUUCUCCCACGAAAAGUGUAGCCUCUUCUUUACCAGCCAUCAAGUCUCACCAUUUGAUUCCAAAACAGUCUUCAAAACAGAAGAAAGCUAUUCAGACUGCUAUUCGUAAAAACAAAGAAGCCAAUGCGGUGCUAACUCGAUUGAAUAGUGAACUCCAGCAGCAGCUAAAGGAAGUUCACAGAGAACGAACUGCACUGGAAAGUCAGCUGGAGCAACUCCGGCCUGUAACUGUCUUAUGACACCCUGUAAGAGAAAGUUUGGUUCCCAGGAACUUCUAGACUUUAUCCGCACAACGUAUUGGCAUAAACUUUUCCCACUAAGGCAACAACAUAUGGACAAAAGUGAUUGCCAUAUUUCUUUUGCAUUUCUUGCACUUGUUUACUAUGUGAAUGAAGAAGUAUACAAUCUGAAUGUCAUAUCUUUUCCCUCGAAAAAUAAAAAUUGUGUCUUCCCCCUCCUUCUUCAGGAAUGCCUUAGUCAAAUUUCAUCUCUUAUUAUUACGUUUUUUAAUUUCUUGUUUUUGUUUAUAUGCAAGUUGUGGCAUUUAAAUAUAUAGUAGAUAUUUGUAGGAAAUGUAUUUAUAUUUAUUUUCAUACCAUAGUUAUCUGUGGUUUUCCAUGUUAGUUUUAGAAUAAAUCAAUGGAGCAUCACAAUGUUUUGUGUGUGACAUUGGCUCUCCCCUUCCUUUUACGAUUACUGGUCAUUGCUGGAUAGAACACACAAUUGUUUCUUUAUUAGGGCAUGGCAUGUACAGCCUUGCUCUGUGGUCCUUCAGAUGGUAAGCCUGCAACUUUCAACAAACCUAGGUACCAUAGCCAAUAAUGAGGAAAGUUAUAGUUUAAUAUUAUGUUAAUGCCACUGGCUACUGCUGGACACUAAUUCUCAUUUGUGCCUACAAAGCCCAUUAGUUCAGUUACUAUUGGACUGAAUAGAGAGCAGUGCUGUGCCUGUCCUGGUUGGGGGCAAUUGCUCCAGCCUCAAAACAGCCUGGAUGGUGGAUGUACUGCCCCCAGUCCUUGUGGGACAGUACUCCUAUAAACUAUAGACUAAGUUCUGGGGGUUCAGUUGGUCUAAUCUUCCUGUACUUGACAGGUAAAUUCCCUUGCACCAGUACUCAUUGGUGCUUUUGCUGCUGCUGCUACAAUACCACCCUGAAAUGAAUGUAUCUUGGGAUAGUCAAAUAUAGAGAAUAUGCCAUAGUUGCUAGAAAGCAAUCUUGCCCUACUGCUAAUCUAUGCAAUCCUUGAGAGUACUGGUGCAAUUUUUUGUCUGUUCCAGGGGCUGUGAAUUGCUCCUCAUGUCAGUGGUGGUUUUUGCUUAAAUGCUAUCAAGUGAUCGUAAUAAUUAAAUGCAAACUUUAGGGACUGGUUGACUUUAAUAAUUACAUAUUUUAAGUUGCCUAUUUAUUUAAAUAUAAUUAGAAAGAUGUAUUAUAAGUCAGCAGUAUCCACAAUCACUAUAUGUAGCUUUGGUGAAAUCUGACUUGCUUUAUAUAUAGAGUUAUACUUGGGUUUGUUUUAAAGUUCUCACAGAAGUCCAUAUUUUCCCCUCUCUGUUUGGGAUUAACAAGGCUUUUUUAAAAUGUUAUAGUAACUGUUUUGGCUAUUCUUCUAUUCAGUUAGCACAUUAAAUCCAAGAAAUGUUCUGAUGAGCCCAAUAAAUUUAUUUUGGAGUACACAAAUA